UCAGUUACUCCUCGACCUUAAGAGUGGUUAGACAUGUCGAUUUCGCUCCCUGAACAUGAGAAAAGGCCGCUCGCUCAAAAUGCAAUUCAGUGAAUGCUCGUCCUUGGAGGCUUCCCGGGCUGGCCAGCGGGCCCGUAACAAUCCAACUAGGCCGGAGAACACUUAGGCGCAGCACCUCAGUUCGCCCCGUAAAAAGAGCGCGAAAAUUGGUGUUGUAAUGGGUGCGAGGUCUUUGUUGACGGGCGUAGCGGUGUGGCGGUGGUGAGUCCUCGACAGCACUGCACCGCGAGCCGCGAGUGACCCUGGGCACUGGCAGUGUGUUGGGCACGCUGCCUAUGCAGGUGACAGGCAGGCCCACACCUGCGUCCCCGCCCACUGCGCCUCAUCUCCGCCAGGGUCCUCGGCCAGCCCAUUAAGUCUGGAGGAGAGGCGGGCGAAUAUUGCGGACGUGUCGCAGAGCAGUGAUGAGCGUUGGUCGUGCUAGGGCCAGGCAGGCGUGACGCGUGGUGGUGGUGCCUCGCCAUGACGGGAGGGCGGAGGCUGUGGCUGUGGGUGGCGGUGUGGGUAUGUGUGUGCGUGUGUCUGGCGCUGGCUGACGAGGAGGACCCUCUACAACAUGAAGCCCAGGUGGCAGCGCGCGACCGCCAGCUGACGCGGGUGUUGCGCCUACUGGGCGUGGAGGGCCAGGAGGGGCGCGGCGGCCCUCUUGACGAAGAGCAGGGCGGCGAGACGUGCUCGCGCCGCACGCUGGACCUCACCAUCCCCGCCGCCCAGCUCGCCAAGUUCACUACGGAAACGCGGGCGGCGCUGCGCCUUGCCAACCUCCUAAAUAAUCUGUUCGUGGGCGUGCGCGAGGGUUUCGAGCCCGCCUAUCCCGCCCACAUGUUCCACGCCCUGGUGCGCGCCUCCCUGGAGCAUGAGCCCUCCAUCACCUCUUCCUCCAUAGCCUUCCUGCGAGGGGAGUACCACCCCCCAGCAGAAGAGGAGCCGCAAGAGGUGUUUGGGGCAUACGGGUGGCGGCGGGAGGGGGGGGACGUGGCCACCACUGACCUGGCCUCUCUGCACAACCACUCCCUCGACCACCCCUCCCACCAGGACACCAAGUGGUUCACCGCACACUCCUCCUACAGAUUCUCCCGGCGGCGGAUCAACAGCAGCCUGGGAGGGGAGGAGGGCGUGCCACCGGGCCCCAUCACGCUCACCAGGGCGGAUGACGGUCAAUGGGCGUCGCAGCCUCUCCUGGACUGCGGCGCCUCUAACCUGUGGGUGGUGGCUUACUCCCUGCCCUUCUUCGGCCGUGUUGAAGACGGUCUGUACGCUAAGAUCAAGGGCGUGGUGCUGGUGACGGUGCCGCUGCGGGAGGUGGACCUGGACCAGUGUGAUGUGGACGAUCUUCUUGGUCCACACCUGUUUUCUGAUACCCACAAGUGUGACGUCUCCACCACGCAGUGUGAGUCGGUGUCUGGUCUGGGCUUCCGGCGCGGGGGUUACCGAUGCCAGUGCCACCCCGGCUACUACCUGCCUCGUCCCGGCCCUGGAUACUUCAGCGGCGAGGAGAUUGAGGCUGCCUACUCCACCAAACAGUCCCUAGACGCUUUCAGGUGCCUGCCGUGCCCCGAAGGAUGCCAUCUGUGCUCCGCCUCCACGCCGUGCCCCGUCCGGACUCACGCCCUGCCGCGUCUCCUGCCGGCGUGCCUGCAGGCGGCGGCGGUGUGUGUGUGUCUGGUGCUGGCCGCCGUGGUGCUCAAGAUACGCAAGUGUAAGGUGAUCGCUGUCUCGCUGUGGACAAUGUUGGAGAUGAUGAUUCUAGGAGCUGUUGUUAUCUACUGCACGAUCUUCCUUCGUUUCGUGGAGCCCUCCGUCACUAUGUGCAUGGUGGAGCCCUGGUUCAGAGAGCUGGGAUUCGCUAUCUUCUACGGCGCCAUCGUGUUGAAGCUGUACAGGAGUCUCGUUGACCACCGUACGAGGAAGGCACACCGCUACGUCAUCCGAGACAGAGACCUGCUGAAAUACCUGGCAGGGCUGAUUGCCUUCGUGACUGGCUACCUCGCUGCCUGGUCCGCCCUCGUGGCCCACUUGGCGUCAGAAGGCCACUCCCUCCUAGCGCUGGGCCACACCCCUGAGGGUCUCGCCUUCGUCACCUGCAAGAGUAUGUGGUGGGAGUACGUGACUGAAGCAGGCGAGCUGAUUUUCGUCUGCUUCGGGCUGUACCUGGCGUGGCAGCUGCGGAAGGCGGCUGGGGACGGGGGGGAGGUUGGGGAGCUGUGUGAACGUCGCAGCCUCACCGCCGCCCUCCUGCUGGAGCUGCUCUCCUCCACCGUGCUCUAUGUGGGCCGGCAUGUGCUGCUCCUCCGCGCGCACCCCGACCACGCCUUCCUCGCUUACUUCGCCCGUUCCCACCUCACUGUUACUCUCUCCCUGCUGCUCAUCCUCGUCCCCAAGCUGUGGUGCGCGGGCGGUGGGGGGCGGGAACUGCCUCGCCGCACUUACUCCACCACUGAGGGUGCUCACGAGCCGCGCUUCUGUGACGCCCUCACCAACGGCGACCUGGAGGCGUCUGACAUCAACCUGAGCCAGAUGGACCCGGAGGAAAUCAGGGCGGAGCUGAAGCGGGUGUACACGCAGCUGGAAGUGUUGCGAACCAAGACGAUGAGGAAGGACAACCCGCACAUUUCCAAGCGGCGGGGCGGCAGGAAGGCCACACACCGCCGCUUUUCCAUGCAGAGUCGCAAAGGAAGUCGAGAGAAGUCGUUCCACCGGCACCACCAACGCGCCCUGCACCACACCCUGGACGAGGGGGACAUGACCAAGACGCCUGAGGAGUCCGUCUGCUCAGUCGAGGGCCCCUCUGUCCUCUCCGUGUACGCUGACGGCCCCUCGGACAUAGGCACGCCAUCCAUCCUGCACCGCUCCUACAAGUUAUGAGAGCGUUCCCCGCAGAGGUCGCCGUCGCCACUACCGCCACCCGAGUCGUCGCCCACGCUGCCGCCGCCGCCACACCGCAGGGACGAUGGCUGUGUGUAGCAGGUCCAGGCUGGCUCUUAUACCGUGAUCGUCCCCUUGUGUGUUGUUUGUGUGAGUCUUCAUGGUGUGAGAUGUGACGCUUCUCUGACACUCUCAGUGAGCCAGAGCCUGGAGUGUGGGACUGCCCGAGUAGUGAGUGAAGGGAAACUCUGUGAUGGAUUGUAGCAUAUUUACAAAAGCACGUAUAGAUAAAAACACAAGUAAAGAUUGACCUUCAAGGAAAAUUAGCUAGACUAAGAAGGUACGUACAAAAUACAACAGAAAACGAGAGCUGAGGAGAUCGUGGUGAUGCAAUAACAAGAAGAAAAAUAAGCAGAAUAGCACGUGGCGACCUGCUGACUUUGAAACGCAAGCAGAAGCAGUAAGCAGAGUUAGUAGAGUGUGACUGCGUGACUGCUCCACCAGUACUGCUGCAUUAGGACUAGUCAUUACUACUCGUAGGUGUAGAUUAAAGUAUAUCAUUGUAUAUGAAAGUCACAUAUUAUAUAUACGGAAUAUUUUUCCAGGUAAUCCACAGACUAAUGUACCACGAUAUCAAUUAUUAUUAUUAUUAUUA